CAAAAAGUAUGCAAUAAUACAUAAAUUUCUAUUACUUAAUUGUACAUAUAUUAAAACAUUUUUUCCGGAGUAUCGAACGAAUUUUGCGUGUUACUAUACGUUACCCAUAUAGCACAGAAACCUUUCAGAGAUAUUUCAGAAAAGUUUCAAGUGAAAAGUGAAACAUUUCAGAAUCGUUUCCAAAUGUUUCUGAGACAGCUCUGAGACAGCUUUGAGAUAGCAAAAUGUCCGCAAUGCUUGCACUUGAAACAUUUUUGAAAGUGUACUGAAAGAUUGCUGAAACAUAUCUGCAACUUUUCUGAAAACAUUCAGAAAUGUUUCAAGUGCAAGCAUCGCGGACAUUUUGCUAUCUCAGAGCUGUCUCAGAAAUAUUUUGAAACGUUUCUGAAAUGGUUCACUUUUUACUUGAAACAUUUCUGAAAUAUCUCUGAAAGGUUUCUGUGCUAUAUGAGUACUACACGCAGAAAAAGGAUUCGUUACCAAAGCUAAAAUUUUUAGCCAUGACAGAUGUGUCUUUAAGACAUAACAAUAAAUACUACGUAGGCCCUGAGAGCUCACUACGAUAGCAUAGGUUGAUCCGUUUUCUGUCACCGUGCUUUAUAUAGCUUUUGGAGUGUGAAUUGCAUUACGAGAAAGGUGCCGCGUGCGUCACCUAGUGACGGUCCGCGAACAAUAUAUGUGCUGGAUUAUUUCAUAAAAAAGUUUUCAAAGAUAUAACUCGACUGAAAGUUUUCAAGAUAACAUGUGAAUAAGAAAGUGUGAAAGAUGUGAAAAAUAACUCAACUGAAAAAUUUAUUAAAUUAUUUUAUGUGAAAGGUUUCAGAAAUAACUUUCUUGAAAGUUUUCAAAAUUUAUAUCAUGUGAAAGGUUUCGGAAAUAACUCAAGUGAAAAGUAUGUAAAAAUAUGUCAAAUAAAAUGUUUUAGGGAUAACUCAACUAAAAGUUUUAAAUUUAUUGCAUGCAAAAGAUUUCAGAAAAAACUUUUUUGAAAGUUUGUUAAAUUGUUUCAUGUGAAAGGUUUCAGAAAUAAUUAAACGGAAAGGUCUGUAAAAAUAUUUCAUACGAAAGGUUUCAGGGAUAACUUGUACUGAAAGUUUUGACAAAUUCUUUUCAUACCGAAGGUUUCAGAAAUAUUUUUGUUGAAACAUUUUAAAUGACAUAUUACAGAAUUCUUUCAGAAUUGUUGCACAUGAACUGUGAAACCUUUCUGAAAGCUUUGUGAAACAAUCUGUGCUAUAUGGGUAAUAUCUUUCUUGUUACGCCGAAAUUAUUUUGAUUAUUAUUUUGAUUUUGAUCGUUUUGGUUUUAAUAUUUAUUAAAGAAUAAUAAAAAACGCAGUUGCCAUGUUAAACAAUACAAAUUAAUGUCGAUCUUUUUAUUUUUUACUGAUUGAGGUUCAGGGUGCCGUCACAUGCGGCGUAACUUGCGUAAGCGUAACCUACAUUUUCUAGUAAUUUAAAAUUUCUAGCAUAAAAUUUUCGUCGCAGUUACGCCAUUCUGAAAAUUCGCAUUCACAUGGAGCGUAUUUCGCGGAAUUUCGAAAAAUGCGUAACUAAUAUGACCAAUUACUGAUAAGAAUUUCUGUUAUACGCUAUAACGGAAAUAUUAAACAAAUUUUUUAUUAGCUUUCGUAACCUACGCAUCUCGAAAGAUACGCUUCAUUGGGAACCGGUACUGUAAAUACGAGUAUUUGUGAGAACAUAAUAGGUUAUUAUAGAAACAAAUUCUGAUAUAAUAUUAUUCAUCAUAUGGAAAAAAUGGAAAAAAUGGAAAAAGGAAACACUUCAAAAGCAGAAAAUUAGGAAGCGUCAAAUACUAAAAUUAUUUACCAUGUGGAAACUGAUGACAUACAAAGAAAAAGUUUGUCGCAGAAUAUGGGUACGACCGAUAUUUACAGAAAGACGAAGGUUGUUACAGGAUCAUAGUGACAAUCUUGUCAAAGAAAUGGAAUUGGUAGACGAGGAAAUGUUCUACAAUUAUUGCAGAAUGUCUGUAGAAAUAUUUAAUCAGUUGUUAAAUAAUGUUGGGCCACACAUUGAAAAACAGUAUGUUAUUCGAGAUCCAAUUCCAGCCCGAACACGGCUUUUACUAUGCUUGCGUUAUUUAGCAUCUGGGGAUGCUAUGGCUUCAAUAGCUUAUUCUUUUCGAAUUGGAAUAAACACUGUCUCAAAAAUAAUUUCUGAGACAUGUGAAGAAUUAUGGAAUACUCUCCACGAAUCAGUUUUUCUUAAAAUAAAUAAAAAUAAUUGGUUGACAAUUGCGAAUUAUUUUGCGACUAAGUGGGAUUUUCCGCACUGCAUAGGUACGAUUGAUGGGAAACAAGUACAAAUUCAAUCACCUCCUCACAACGGCUCAGUUUUUUAUAAUUAUAAGGGAAACCAUAGCAUUAAUUUAUUAGCGGUUUGCGAUGCUAAAUAUUGUUUCACGUUAGUUGACAUUGGUGCAGAAGGCAGUGAUGGUGGGAUCUUUGCACAUUCAAACUUUGGUCAGCAAUUCGAUAGAAAUGAAAUGGAUUUACCACAACCAAGACCAAUUAAAGCUUCUGGGCUCGCAUUACCAUUUGUCUUAGUAGCGGAUGAAGCAUUUGCUUUGACAUAUUACAUGAUGCGACCAUAUCCACGUUUAAAUCGCCAAAGAAAGGUAUUUAAUUACCGCCUUAGUCGAGCACGAAGAAUGAUCGAAAGUGCGUUUUGCAUUUUGACAUCGAAAUGGCAAAUUUAUCGUCGACCAAUAAUCGCAUCUGUCUCCACAGCAGUUAAAAUUAUACAAGCAACCGUGUGCUUACACAACUUCAUCAUACAAAAUGAAAACAAAUUGUCACUUUCCAAAAGGCAUUAUAUACGUAUGAUUAAUAAAGAAGUCGUGAAUAACGCAUUACAAGAAAUAAGUAACGCUGGCAGGAAUGGCCAUACCAGAUUUGCCUCUAAAAUCAGAGAUGACUUUGCUUCGUACUUUGAAAAUACCGGGGCAAUACCUUGGCACUGGGAAAAGGCUUUGCUCAACGAUUUUUAAUUAAUAAAAAUUCAAAUUUCUUUAAUUUUGAAAUAUAAGCUCUACGUAAUAUUUAAAUCAUGCGUGCUCCAGAAAAUUUGUAGUAAAAUUUAAGAACCACA